AUGGCCGAUGACGGCGAUGGCGAUGCUCUGAGUGCUGCACCGACAACCACAAAUUUAUUAUCGAGUUUAACGUUGCCUCGACAAAACACGGCGACCACUCGUUCGAGACGGCGUACAACAGCAACCACCACGCAUGGAAUGGGUUCGUUCAAGCUCUUAGAUUANUUUGUUCAGCACAAUCAAUCAGCCGAAUGA